AUGAGUGUCGAAACAGGUUUGACUUGUAUAUUUAUCGCAUUAACACUGAUCAAACCAAGUUACAGUCUAAUCACUCCUCCUCAGGUACUACUCCCUUAUAUUUCAAAUGAAUCUGGGAUAGUAAUCCGCGCGCAAUUGCGCGCCACUCCUACGCGCUGCGUAUUUUGGUCCACUCCCACACCAGACACUAUCUGUCUUACAUCCCCCGCAUGUCUAGGCGAUUCAAAUACAUCUCUUAUCAAAAAUUCGUCAAUUUGUGACUGCCAAGUCGCCUCCAAAUGCCUAGAAGCAGUCUGGGUAGGGGCAAAAAAAUCCAUCACCCUACCGUACAGGACAUGGGUAUCAAUCUCAGAUAGGGAUAGCAACGCAACGGUUGAAAAUAAUUCAUUCGCUGAGGUUAUAGUCAAGGCAUUAGAAUCCAUAGACUUCCAAACACGAAAUCGCAAAAUAGCCGUGGGACAACUCGCCACUCUAAGACUCGUUGGUUUUGACGAAGAUAAAAACACAUUCACAUCUCUACAGGGAAUUCCCUUCAAGAUAGACAACUCAGAUGGAUCGGUUAUGAAGAUUUCUGAUCUCACCAACGACCCAGACGAGGCAACUCCAACCCGCAUGCACCUAGUCAAAGGGGGACUGUACUCAGAUGUUAUUGUCGUCCAAGGCCUAAAGGUGGGAGAGUCUGUAAUAUCUCUACAUGUGGACCUCCCAGAAUAUAAACACAUAGGACUGAGUGUAAAGUUCAUGGUUUCAGAGCCAUUCAUAUUGGAACCGGUAGCGCUACAUCUCCCCAUCGGUUCCAAGGUAAACUUUUGUCUACGGCGCAUCAACCAGGAGGCCUCUUCCAAAGACAGUAAAGCUGACAUAAUAACUCUACCCCACAGUUACUAUAAAUGGAGUUGCGAUUCUCCCGUCGCUGAACGCCUGACUGAUAGAGGUCAGCUGUCCCUCAAAUACACCCUAGACCCGGCAUACCCGGACCAAAAAUUCACCGUUGACGUAACAGACACAAGGUCUGGCGAGACCUCAACCGCCUCGAUCAGCACCUCCAAGCCAGUCGCACUGGCGCACUCCAUCAGGACCCUCUCUUCCACCAUUAAGGGAUAUCCAGACACACAACGCAUUAAACACCUGCUGGAGCAGUGGGACAAUGAAGAGCUGGCAGAAUUUUCCCCUGACGCCUUCUUCUGGCAUAAGGACAACGAAGAGUACUCGGCUACUUUCGACAAGCUCUACCGUGCCGCCCUCUGGCAGUGCCAGUCCUUCCCCCCAACCCCGGCGAGCGCACAGCUCCCCGGCAGAGGGGAGGGCGCCACAAAUGACCCAUCCUUUACCAGCGACUUUUCCCACCUCUCGAUAGGGAGAACCUACCUGUUCAAGCUGUCUCUGCUCGAUGGCCGGGGCAGAGAAUUUUCCAUCCCGGACAAUGCGAAGCUGUCACUGACACUUGACGUGGGGAAAAGCGUGAAAAUUCUAUGGAGAUCUCCAAUAAAUCACCUACUGGUGUUUUAUACGAACGAGCUUGGAGACGGUUCGUUCAAAUUUUCACUUACAAGCGUGGGAUACUACGCCCCAGAUAAGCCUAUUGAGUACACAGUAAAGUACCGGGUGAACCGGCGCCUCCAUAUCGAAGGCAGGAAUCCGUCCGAGCGCCUUGGGCACGGGAAGCCCUUAGAGGAUAAGCGCUUGAGCAUUUUGAGGCAUUUCACCAGCAUCCCAAUAAGUCCCAUAUACCUGGAGCCACCCCUCCCCGUGAAGGAGGGCUCCGGCGGCUGUUACUCCAUAAGGUCCAUGGGCGGCUCCGGAGUAUUUUAUGCCCUUUCCGAUGGCGAUGCAUUUUCAGUCACAAGCGACAGUAACAGGGUUAAAAUUUGCCCUCGGACGUACGGCCACGACAUCGUUACCAUUGAGGAUUCCCUGGAUCCGGCUAACGUUUACCUCCUGCCAGUUCACUCAGUGCACGUGGACUUUGUGCUUCCGUACCCGUCCGAGCUGCAUGCGGCGCAGGAUGACUACACGCCGCUCUAUUUGUUGCCCAUUGCCGUUGACAAGUCCCGUCCAAUUGCAAGCCCCAAUCCCCCAUUCCUCAACGCCUCGGCCUCAACGCACAGCAUUGACGCCUCAGCGCAUAGCAUCGACGAAGUGGAGCUGCGGCUGGCAGCCUACGGAUGGCACAUUGUGCGCAAUUUCAACCCGAAAUUCAUCAAAAUUCGCCACUCUAGCGGCCUUUCCAUCGAGCAGCCCAAGUCUGGCGACGAUUGUCCUUUUAGAUACAUGGUAAAUGGGCUUCAGGUGGGCAUUCACGACGUGGAGAUAGACUUUCAGGGCGUUCGUCAGAUGCGCGUCCACAUCCACGAAACUAUAAAGCUUUCCAUUUCCCCCGCCCCCUUUCAUCCCCUUUCCAAGCCGUCGCCGGGCAGCCCGGUGACCGAGGAAACCCGGGCACCGGGCGGUCUCUUUUCCUUCUUCUACGCCAAUCAGUUGGACCCCAACGAUGGGGAGGGGGCAAAACCGCCCUCGGCCCUGGAACCGUCGGACGAGCACGUCUUCCUCGUGGGCUCCAGGACGAAGGUCCUGGUCCACGGGGGCGCAACGGCGGAGGCCGCCGUAACGGUGGAGGCCGAUGCGACCAUUUUCAAAGUGCAGGUGGAGGAAUCUGCCUUUUACCUUACCUGCCUACGGGAGGUCCCCAGGAGCGAUGUACUUGUUAGUUGCGCCGGCCCCUCACGGCUGCUGCCCGUGGCCUGCUCCUACCCCGCCUAUUCCAGGAUCGUCCCCUAUGACAUGGGCCUAUCCCCCGUCUCCGCCGAGGGCAAGGAGGUGAUGUCUGCCAGGGGAAAGGAGCUGACGCUCGCGUCGAUACUGUACGACCGACGCGGCCUUCCCAUCGCGCCCAACGCAGAGCUGACUACGCACUGGUACCAAGUGCAUUCUGAAGGCGUGAGGCGUUUGUGCCCUGAGGGCAGCAACUUUUACCUGGUCCUGUCGGACGAGACGCUAACUUCCCCCCUGCAGGUUGUAGCCGUAGCGGGCUGGCGGAUGGGCGACAGAGAGUCCGUUCAGUCCAAAUCCUACGCGAAGACCCUCAACAAGUUCGGUUAUUCAACUAUUUACGCGCACAAUUUCGACCGCCAGUGGAUCGGAACGAUGGAUGCUAUAUUUGAGGCCAGCCUCACCGUGAAUUUGGUUGGGCUUCCCUCCAUCGUGCCGUCGGAUAACCUGCACCUGCCCACCCGGGAUCUGUACUAUUUGAUGGCCCUGGACCUGCCAAUGCGCGAGCACGGGUCGGGGGAUAGCUUUGACGCCGAGUACGCGCAGAAAGUGAUUUCCAGCUUCUCUGCACCGCCCAAAGGGGGCGGGGGCAGGGGCGUUUUUAUGUGGCAGGGGCAGGAGGGAAUGCAGUACGACGGGCGGGAGGUGGUCAGCCUUUUGGGCCGCCCGCCCGCAGGCGGGGAGAGGUACUCGUUCCUCAUAGACGCGAAUGCGCCCGGCGAGGCGGUCGCCAACUUCACCGUCAAAGACGUGCUCAAUUCCCGCGGCGGCGUGCUGAGCAUUAAUUUCGUCGAGCUGACCCGCGUGGGGCUCUCCGUGUGGCUCUGCCACGCGGGGGGCGACUGCACGCAGCAGGCGGGGCCGGAAGACUCUCUGGUGCACCUACAGGCUGGACUGAGCUACGUCUUCGUCCUCACGGCCUACGGCGCCGGGGGGAUGGAGAUCUACCCGCCCGCGCUGAAGGGCCUGCGGGCAGAGGUUGCAGAGUCGGGCGGCGACAAGCUCCACUUCCAGCCGCUCUCUGACGCGGCCGCGUUCGCGGCCCUGCCCGACCUCCCGGCCGACUUGGCCUUUACGCUCGUGGCGACGCAGGGCGAGUUCCUGGUUAGAGGCUCUAUCCACCCCGGGGGGAAGGCCGACUCUGGCGCCAAGAGGGUGCAGUCCGGCAUUUUAACCAUCAAGAGCUUCAAGCCCUUCAGGGCCGCCACGAGGGAGCUGGUCUUGCUGCCCGGGACCGCCGGCUUCGAGUUCGACCUUGUGGACGGGCCUGGGGCGGGGGUCGGUAGGGCCCUGGGGUUCCGCUACAAUAGCAGCAAUGAAGCAGUAGUGGCCGUGGGGGCAGGAGGGGCAGGAGGGGCAGGAGAGGAGGGGGGCCUUCUGACGGCGAAGGGCGUCGGAGACGCCACCGUCACGCUGGAGGGAAACUCGGGCAUAGGCGCCUUUUCGCUCUCGGCCUCAGUGCGGGUUAGGGUCCCGCGGGGUCUGAGCAUAUCUCCCCCGACACAGCCCCAUGCGGGGCUGGGGCUGUCCGGACCGCAUGCCGUCCGGGCGGGACGCUGGGUCCCGCUUGCCGCCGUCCUGACGGCGGCAGACGGACUCAUAUUCACGCCCCACUACCUGGCGCACGCCUCCGGGGCCGCUGGGGAGGGCGGCGGACGCGCGCCUGUCUGCGAAUUUCUCUGGGACACGGACAACGCGCUGGUGGGGCGUGUGGACGCGGAAGAUAGGACCGCGAUCGUCGUCCGCUUCCACGGCCUGACGCCGGGGACAGUUAACGUCAUCCUGACGGCCACCUGCGGCCGCCAGGCCUCGCCGCUCAGGGCGGCCUACGCAGUGCGCGUGGUGGAGGACGCGAGAGCGUCCUCGGAGCUCUACGCGCGCGGCCUCCAGUACAGCUUCCACGAGGCCUCGCUGCUGGGCACCCGCCUCGUCAGCUACUCGGCCAGGCCGGCCAGCGAACGGGUGCUCGAGCGUGUGGGCCACCUGGUCCGCACUGACGGCGAUCGGCUGGUCUCCGUCGUGGGCGUGGAGGUGGUGGACAGCUUCUACAUCCACGCCCGCCUAGUGGGUGACCAAAUUGCUGUGGAGCUCCUCUGCACCGACGGGCGCCCGGUUGAGCGUCCGCCCAACCUCCCCCUGGUCGUCGUCUCCUCCCGGCAGGGCGUCGUGAACGGGCUGCGAGUGGAUCACUCCUCGGGCGCGUGCGCCCCGGUACUCGUCUUCCUCGAGGACGAGGCGGCACCCUAUUCGACCGUGGUCGUGUGCGGCCGCGGAAGGGCCUCUAAAAUGUCGCCCGAGGGUGCCGUCCUGCUGCCGGGCGGAGCGGCCCGGUUUUCCCUUGAUCCCACCAGGUACAUGCUUUACCUGACGGUGCCCCGGUCUGACGCGGCCUCCAUGACGCCGGAGCUGAUUGUCUCUGAGCUGGCCGCCGUCUACCGGCCCGUGGUAGUCGAGGAGGUUGCUCGGGUGGGCGAGGAUGCCACUCGCGCUAGCACUCAAGCUGCCGUGGCCGGGGGGGAUCUCCUUUUCCGCGUCACUUUCACCUUUGCCUCUCCGGGAGACAAUGCGUUCAACUUGCAGGAGCGCAUCGUUAGCCUGGUGGCGUAUAACCACUCUGGCGUGGACUCGGCCCGGGCCAGGCUGGAGGACAUGCUCCGGGCGGAGCGCCUGCCCGCAGUGGCCAAGUCCCUCAGCAUGGCGCUCUCGCUCCUACCCCCAGUCAGCAGGUACGUGUUUAUACCGCGGAUAGACUGGUACCGUGGCGUCCGCCACGCGCGCUUGGACGCGCGCUCGGCGCUGGGCGACGGGUCUGAGGGGGACGGUUACCUGGGGUUUGAUCGCGUGGGACUGCAGGAGGUCCAAUACGCAGGGCACACUUUCCCCGUCGAAGUGGUCGACGAGCUGGCAGUAUCGCUCGCGUAUCACAACGGAUCCGACUACUAUUCGCUCUCGGACGAGCCCUUUGGGGACUUUACGUUGAUUUUCAAGCCAUUCAUCGGGGGUAAACUCUACUAUUCUACGGAAUUUACGCUAACGGGGCUCUUUUCUCUCUGCACUAUUGACGACGAAAAAGUGGCCGAGGCGCUUAAAUGCGCCGCGACACACGUUCCGCUGAUCAAGGACGGGGAGGUGAUUUCCCUUCCUGCCUGCAGGUGCGGACUCGGAGGUCUGGACGCGCUGGCCUCCGUGGGCAAAUUCGAUCCGAAAGGGACUAAGUUGCGUGUUUCUCUCAAUACCAGCGAGAAGCGCUAUUUUGAGCGCGACAUAGACCUAUGGACGGUAGUCAAGUCCACGGCCGCCUUCUAUAGCACGCAGGGGGAGCUAGUCACGCGGGUGGCCCUGGGGCAAGCCGCCACAGUGGUCCUGUACCCUGCCUCGCGCCAGAUGGUCCCCAGGCUGAAGCACCGCGGGAAGCCCUGCACGGCCAUCAAGGAGGAGCGCCGCGGCCUCGUCAUCUACCUGACGAUCGUACGCAUCGCUGCGGACUCCCAGUGCAGUGGCCAUGUGGCGGACGUCGAUAUCGGAACGGCUCCAGGGGUGAUGUCAUUUAUCAGCGCAGCCACUCCGACUGUUGCGGCCCGCAACUUGGAGAUCCACGCCCUUCCCGCGGGUUCUUCAUUUUCAGCCCCCCCCUCGCCCCAUGCGUCCGCAGUGACCCCUGUGCUCACCGUUGUACUCGUGCUGCUGGUCAGUUACUACAUCUCCCGCAGGGUCCAGGCACAGGCCGUGCCUGAACGCACCAAUUGCUGGGGCCGUCCGGGGUACCUGUGGUCUGCCGGAGCCUCUCCGUGGAUAUCGCAUCAACACUCCUCCAGGGCUGCGGGCAUAAGUAUACAGCGCGACCACAUGCCGAAGGUCGUGCAGGACCUGUACAGUCCUUCCCACUAG